AUGUACCCGCUGCUGCUCUUCACAGUAAUUAUUACUGUCCUCUCCGGUCCGGUGGAAGCGUCAAACCCGUUUGCAGACCUCAUCGUGUCUGACACUCCCAUGGACGGAACCUACUCCGGCAUCGACGGCGUGCUGUGCCAGCUUUGCUGCCUGCCCUUAUGCCAAUGCAUUCACGCGCACAUGAACCAAUAUGGCGCAGGGAGCCCUUUCUACGUAGACCCCAGUGUCUUGCACAUGCCACCGCUCGGCUUCGAUCGGACGCAACCAGACCUAGCACCGAUAUACGACUACGUCAACGGGGGACAACCCUUGCUCAGAGAGCACGUCCAAGUCAUGGAUGCGAACGAGACCAUGGUGCAGCCAGCCACUGUGCAAGCGCAUGUUGAAGAUACCUAUAACCCUGGUGAUCGCUUAGCGACACCAGGCAGUCGGAAGCGACAAGCACCUCGCCCGGGUGGUUUCCAUUGCGAUAAGGAUGGCUGCAGUAAGACUUUCAACCGUCAAUGUGAUUUGAAGUAA